AUGGACCCACUUUAUAAAUUAUCGGAUGAUCUUUUACCUUUUGUUUUUCAACACCUGAAGGCUAUUGACAUCGUUAAAGCAUCUUUAGUUUCGCCGCAGUGGUACUUAAAAAUAGGAAAAUCUUUCGAAUGUAUGCAGAAAAUUUGGCUGCCGUUUUAUGAAUCUUCUUCUCCUCUAUACAAUAUUAAAUGCUUAUUAAAUAGCGAAAGAAGUUAUCAAAACUUCAAGAUUCAACGCGGUUUACCUGGAAAUAUGAUUUCAGUUUUUAAAAAGUUUCAAUGGAAAAAAGUCAUGAUAAGAGAUGAUCAGGAGAUGGAUUGCAAUGAUUUUAAAGCGCUCAUGACACAUAUUGCGUCAACUGUUGAUACUCUCGAUUUAUGGAAUAUUGGAACACAAGUUAGUGAGGAUGAAUUACCGGCAAUUAACUUUCCGAAUCUCCGAACGCUUGAAUACAAUUUUUCAUCAAAUCAAAUCCUUCCGGUUUUUUUUGGAAAGAAUCCUAAAUUACUUGAAGUCAGAAUUGUCACAUUAGCAGAAGAUGAUGAUGAUGAACUUCCUAAUGAAAAAAUUUCUCGUCUCUUCAAGUUUCUUGAUCAAAAUCCUUCAAUCAAUGAUGUCAAAUUUUAUGGAGCAUCGAGUUUGUUUUUCCGAAGUCAAUCAAAUCACGAAAUCAGCUUACGGCUUGAGAAAUUUGCUUUUGCUGACGAUUUUCUUGAGAAUGCCGACAAAAAAUGUUUUUUGAAGUUUCUUUCAAAGCAACAUAAUUUGAAGGACGUUAGAUUUCUACCAGAAUCGAAAUUCAACGAUGUCAACUUCUUUGUGGAAAUUUGGAAAACUUUAAAAAAUUGCAAGAUUUUAACUUUAUCAAAAUGUCCGAAUAUUGAUGCGAUUCUUUUACUAGUUACCAACACAUCAAUUGAAAAAAUCAGAAUUGAAUCCGAGAUCAAUGUUCAAGAAGCAAAAAUGUUAACUGUAACUCCAAACUUAAAGCACCUGCAUUUAAGAUCACUAAACAACAAACUUUUAACUUACAUUGUAAACAAUAUAAAAUCUGUUAAAAUCAUAAAUUAUUUCACAGCACCUUAUGAAGAAGGAUUAGUGAUGGAAGAUGGUUUUGAAAAUAUAGAACUAAAGAAAAUAUCACUCGAAGAUUAUUUACAAAAAUUGUAUCCAAAUGAAUAA